ACAAUUAGUUGCGCGAUACGAGUCAAGUGCUGCAUGUCAGGUUUAAGGAAACCAAGGCUACCAACACUAUUCCAGAGCCGAGCCACCGACACUUCACUCAUAAAUUGUCAGAAGUGUUUAGAGAAAGGUCACUGGACUUAUCAAUGUACAAACCAGCGGAAGUAUCUCAAACGCGAAUCAUACACCAGUAUACUGGUGAAAAAGCUUGAAACUCAGAAAAAGUCAAAGAUUCAAAAAAAAACAAACACUAAAUCAUCAUCCUCAAGCUCUAGUUCGUCCUCUGAUUCUUCGACUUCAAGUUCUGGGGACGACUCUGAUGAUGGGGAAUCUAGCUCAGAAUGUAGUUCAAGCAGUAACGGAAGUUCUAGCGACGACUCAUCUUCCAGUACUUCCUCAUGUUGCGAAAGCAGCCGGUCUUCUUCCUCCACAAGUUUAAAGCGCAUAAAGGAAUGAUCGUAAUGUUACUGAAAUUGUACAGUUAUUAUAAUAUAUUUUAAAUAUCUGUAGCUUUCUCACAACGAGAAAA